UAGCUCGUCUAUUUUUUUUUCUCUCUUAGAUCAAGUAAUGAAGUGAGCUAACAUUUGACAGUCGAUCUACGACAGGAAAGCAGCAGAGGAUCUCGUCGACCAAUCUGUGUUUAGUCGCGCUGGCGAAUAAUUAAGUCAUCAGAGUAGCAAGAGUAAUAUCCCUUUAUAAUUACUUCACUUUUUUUUGGCUGUGGUGUUGGCGCCAGUACCAGACGUUCCUAGUAGCUAGGGGGAAGAAACUGGCGCCAUAACCUGAUGGUGCAUAAUUCUUCACCUGCCCCCCAGCUGUUGGUGUAGAGGGUGCCAUUGUUGUGACCGUCAUGAGAGCCCCACUACAGCUAAUGGACCCAGGAGAGAGGCAACAAAAGAACGAAAGAGUCGGCGUGAUUUGAGUGUCGGUGUGUGACGGUAUUUGCAUAUUGCUAUUUGUGCCAAUCAGUGCGAGAGUUUUCUCCCAGUCUAAGGAAGACCUGCCUCCGGAGAGAACAUUGCAGGUGAUCCAAUGUUAUUCCAGGCGACUACAAGUGAUGAUACAGUAAUAAUAUAAGGACAAGACAUUAAGUAGGUUAGUGCGAUGCGCGCAGCAGCUAUGUCCACGUUCCUGUACACGCUACUAGGGCUGACGGUAGGAGCCUCUUUGCAUUGCUCCGUUCGCCGGGAGAUUUCGCCCUGCACGUGCCGAGUUCAGGAGCCCAACACGAACACCAUCCUAGUUGCGUGCGAACGGAUGACCUCCUUCACCCAGGUAGUAGACGCUCUGAGAGAAAAGUUCGCGCCUGAAGUCGAGAUCUCGCUGAGGAUCGCUUAUUCGAGACUGGACGACUUCAUGAAUCACACAUUUCAGGAACUGGGUCUAGACGUCACAAACUUGAAACUGAACCACGACAACCUCAGCUCUUUGCCUGAAUCUGUAUUUGCUGGACUUGGACGUACAGAGUACCUGAGCUUGGCUGACAACUCUCUCCCUGAUGUUCCUCAUCAUAUUCUGAGGCAGAUGCCUGUACUCAAGACACUCGAUAUUAGUCGCUGUAGGCUCCAAGCAAUCAGUGACAUGGAUUUCCAGAAUAUUCCCGACUUACAACAUCUAGUCCUAGCAGGGAAUAACAUAUCUCAGUUAGAUCAGUCUUCCUUGCCACGUACAAUUCGACAUCUGCAUCUUGGACGUAACAAUAUCACACACUUGAAUGGCACACUCAGGGGUCUGACUGACCUGGAAUGGUUGUUUCUAAAUGGAAACCAUCUCACAACACUUGAUGAACAACUUCCCCAAGAAGGAAAUAAAUUGGCUCUGCUCCAUGCUGGUAACAACAAACUGCAGAAAUUGCCACAAGAACUACGGAACUUCAUCAUUCUUGACUCACUUUUCUUCCAGCACAAUCAGUUGCUGAAUCUGGGAGGAACCAUACAGAGGGCAAGGAAGCUGAAACGACUCCAUCUUAACAAUAAUAAGAUCCAGGAACUAUCAUCAGAUGAAUUUGCCGAAUUAGAUUCCUUAGAAGACCUCCAGCUUGGACACAACGAGUUGAUAUCACUGAAUGGAUCUCUUGCACCACUGCGCUCCCUGCGCUGUCUGAAUCUCACCAACAAUCUCCUUCAGGAGUUCUCUUUACGUGAAAUUCAAGGCUUGAGAAGACUUAGGAUAAUUGACCUCUCCUACAACAAGGUUUCUCACCUCAGUGGGCGAAUGGAGAAUUUGGUGGAGCCAGAAACCCGGAUUGUAGAAUUACGUCUGGACCAUAAUCGUCUCCAAAAUUUGGAUGGAGCCUUGAUGGGAGUUCAUGGCCUUCAGAAGCUGAACCUCAGCAACAAUCUUCUGGAAAAAAUUGCUCCAGAUGACUUGAUUGGUUUGGAGGACCUUCGUAUUCUUGAUGUAUCCUUCAAUCGCCUGACAACACUAGAAGAAACUUCAAAGACAUUUCUACCAUCACUGGAGCAACUGUAUGCAUCUCACAAUUCUCUGACUGCACUGAAGCAAGAUUUCCAUGGAUUGCCCACCCUCUGCUGGGCUGAUCUGUCACACAACCAAAUCCACACAGUUGGGCGUGACCUUGCAUCUAAGACACGCUGCAGAAUGCACAGGAUUCUGGGCAUACUGCGAGUCUACCUGACAGGAAAUCCAGUGCUGUGUGAUGCCCAGCUUGUGGAAACGAUUGCUGAAAUGGAAGCCAACCAUACCAAGUUACAUGGACUAGGACACUGCCUGUCUGUAAACCAUACUGCAUCAACAACAUCUCCUUCUGCUUAGAGAGAAAAUGGCACAGUAAUACCAUUCCUACAGCAAGUAACUGCCCACCAGGCAGCUGAAUACAAAUUUAAUUUAGCUUAUAACACAAUAAACGAGCUAUUGAAUUGAAGUUCACACUUUUAAACCAUUUAAUUUUCAUUCAAAGCUUAUAUUUUUCUGUGCAUGGGUUCUACACACCAGUCAUAAUGCAUUCCAAUCAGUACAUCAGUAACAUGUGAUAUUGAUACAACACAGAGGAAAAUAAAUAAGAAUAUUGUGAAAUUAUGUGAUGUCUUAAUUGAUAUAACUAAAGUAAUUUGAUUGUAUAUGAGUAAAAAAAGGAGAAACAUAAUAUUUACCAACAAAAUAUAACUCUGUGUGGCAUAUGUCUCUAAGAAAUUCAACAUCAUUGCCUUUAUCACUGGUCUGGAGUGGAAAUGAAUAUUACAGUUUAUUAUUACAGAUUCAUUUUAAUUGAAGUUCUUUGUAUAAUAAUAAUGCCAAUAAUAGAAUGUUAGCCCUUUCUAACCUAGACAUUUUAGAAAGUUUUAGAGCUAGCAUAAUUAUGAGUAAUUGAAUUUUCAUGAAAUACUUAUUGUAUUCAUAAUGAAAGUUCAAAGCACUAACAGAUAAUAUAUUUUGAUACCAUACUGUAAAAGGCCAGAUAGAGUACCAUCUAGUACUCAGUUAAACUUACAGGUGUGCAAAAUGAAAAUUACUGAAUUGCUCGUUGGAAAACAAUUCUGCAGUAACAAAUACAAAGAAGAUUGAAAUGAUGAAGGCCCUUUUGUUUGGUUACUGUUAACCUUGUAUACCGUCUUAUGUGCAGAUGAAUAUAUAUAUUUGCUGCUUUUAAGUGAGGAGUCCUAUCCCUCCAGCUCACCAAAAGCAAAAUGGCAUCAAAGUCGGUGUCAAAGCAGUGCUGUGGGAUCUGCAUGUCAAUAGGUGAUUGUAGACUGUUCAUGUUUAACUCAGUGCAUCACAUACCAAGCAGGUUGACAGCUCACAUGCACGGGACUUGUUUUCAACAAGUAUCUUAUUCAUGUCUUUGACAGUUAUUUUACGUUUAUCUUCUGUGAUAUUACUUUCAUAUAGUCUAUGACUGCUUCCUCCCUAAUCCUCUUCCAUUCAUCAUACAUAAUUAUUUUCUCAUGUGAUUGUAUGUGACAUAACAUCUGCAGAUGAUACAGGAUUCUUAAAUAAUCUAUUAACUAGCCAUCAGCACUUUAUAUUUCAGUCUUCUGUUUCUGCUGGGUGAGAAUCUUAAUUGUUUGGUCUUUUAUCAUAUGGUAAUUAUUUUCAAGUUAUACCGCUUUGUCUCCUGUCCACAUCUUCACCAGUAUAAUAUGAAGCCUGUAAUAGAGGUUUAUGUGCUCAGCCAUCCGUCCUUCUUGACAAAAUGUUGUCAGGACCAGAGAAUUGUCGAUGAAGAGAACAGCAUUUAUGUCAGAAGCAUAGUAUAUUGUUGACUCGAUGUGAUAAAAUAUAGUUUUAUGCCUCAUCCUCCUAAAUAAGUCAUAUAUUACUGGCUACUGUGCUCACCAUCAAAAUUGUGUUUGUUUUAUAAUACCAUUUCUACUUUAUGUCUCUUUAUAUUUGCUGUGAAAUAAUGGAUACCAUGAAGUCAUGGUUAGAUUUUCAGUGGUGCAUAUUUGGUCAAAUUGCACUAACAGUAGUAUCUACUUUUGAACAGGAGCAAUAUUAAAUUGCUAUAUUUCUUCUAGCAUAAUUAAAAACAUCCUACUGCCUGUUGCAUUGUAUUGAUGUUCCAAGCAUUUACGUUUGUGGAGAGGACACAUUCAAUUUUAGACAUUAUUCUCUUGUCCUUAAGCAGAAACUAUGAAACCAAGGAACAAGAAGUUAUUCUUUAAAUUAGAUACAUAAUGUCUUUUUGGUCUUAUGGAAUAAUUAGUAACGCCUUUUUGUGGAAGUAAAAAAUUUUUACUUAACUAUUUAUUCUCUCCCAAUCUUCUGAACGUAAUGAGUACCAUUUUGCUUGACUCUUUGCAUCCCUAUGUGAAUAUUCCACUAUACUGGUUGACAUGUGGAAUAUUAUUUAUAAAAAAAAAAGGAGAAUAUUGGGAAAACUUGGAGGGGAGAAAAAAGAACUGUAUGACAAUCUCUGACUUUUCUAACCAAGUCAGGGUCAUCUGUUACACCCACACUCUUGCCUUUCAUGUCACCCAUUCUGAAUCAGUGUUUCUGUAAGCAGAAUAUAUCACACAUAAUUAGGAUAUGUGCACAUUUUAGAAUAAGAUCAUAUAAGAGGUAAUUAAAGGUAUGGUGUAACAUUACAUGUUAAGUGACAUUAAAUUUUUGUAUGUCAUUGUUUAUGGCAUAUACAUGUCAAAUGUUAUAGUAACUCCUGUCAAGAUUUCUUCUUGUGCCUAAUUCAAUGUAUGUAAUUCCUGAGUUUCAACCACAGAUGAGUAAAGUGCUCAACAACUGGACAAUGUUAAUGAAAUUUUUCUGCCUUCUGAGCAUUGAUAUAUAUUUAUAUGGUCACUACAUUCAUUGAGCCUCAACAGUUUAACCACUUUUGCUACUGAUAUUUAUGGAUUCUUUUCUGCAUGAGAUAGUGUUGAUUUAGUGCCUGUAAUAGUACACUUGAAUCCAUUUCAUUAAUGGAAUGUUCAUUUAGUGGAAAUUGUAAGCAUACCCCCAUGCUAAAGGACCCAACUGAUCAGUAGCUGUGCCAGUACCAUAGUUCUAUUUUAUAAAUAUUUUAAAAUCAGAAAUUUCUUAUAUAUACAAUGCAAUAAUAUUGGUAACAUUAAAAAAGUAUAAUAAAGUAUGAUACAUAUUGUUGUGUAUAUAAGUAAAUAGAGUAAGAUGUGACAAUUUGUUUUGGACAUAGUACAGAAAAUACAAUAUUAUUCCAGAAUUGUGUUAAAAUAAAGAUGAUAAAAUAUAUGUCAUUCUAUCUAACCUGUAAAUAAUUUGUGAGAAAUAUUGUGUAUCAGAAUAUAUUUCUGACUAACACCAUCUGUCAUUUUCAGUGUAAUUUUUAAACUGUUAACAAAAAUUGUUAAAUUGUAAAUUGUACAACCUUUAAAUUUGAGGGAAAUUCUCCACUGUUGGAUGUCAAUUGCAUAUACAAUUUCUCAGAGUUUGUUACAAAAUAAAUAACAGUGUAAUUAUUGCAUAGUGGCUCAAAUUGAAUAGAUAAUAAUGAAUAUCA